AUGGAUCCUCGAAUUGUUCUUGGUACCAUUAUCGGUGCCAAUGUGGGUGUCUAUUUUUACUGGCAGUUUGCCAUUGGUUCCACGCGGCAGUUUGGCGAUUACAGUCGCUUACAAUUUAUGCGACGUCAUUUUACCAAUUCCAUUGACAAUUUCAAGAAUGGCCGAAUAUAUACACUGCUGACCUAUGCAUUUUCGCAUCAGUCACUGAAUCAUUUGGGUGUGAAUAUGUUGGUAUUGUGGUCAAUGGGAACCGGGGUUAUCAGUGCCAUUGGAGCUUCACGGUUCUUGCUCCUGUACAGUGGUGCCAGCGUCGUGGGAGGUCUGGUCAGUCUGGCUUAUCAACAGUACUUACGUCCCGCAUUGGAAGGUCACCGUAGCGGAUAUGGAGCUGUUCGAAAAGUCGAUUCCGUGGGCGCUUCAGCGGGCGUGAUGGGUAUUACCACCUUUUUUGCAUGUGCUUGUAAGUUGUCCGUAUCAUGUUUAUAG